UUCAAAAAUGAUGAGAAUAUUUGUAGGAUUUUUUUUAGUUGCAAUUUUUUGUCAUUUUUCUACUGCCUAUAAUACUGGUAGGACAUCAAGUAUAAAUUCUGGAAAUCGUGAUCCCACAAAAAGUUUGCAAUAUUAUAAAGAACAUGAAGGGGGAGGACAACAUCCAGUUAACCCCGGAAAUCUAGAUAUGAAACAUUAUAGAACAUCAAAUAGAAAUCAAGGUGGUUCAGAUUUUGUCAAGAAAUUCCAGGAAGAAAAGCAAAGAAUGAAAGAUAAUGCUAAACAAGUUGUUGAUGAAUAUAAAAAGAAAUUAGAUACAAUGGGUAAAGAUAGAGUAAGGCAAAUAAAGUUAGACGAUGAAAAAAAAGAAGCCCUAGAAAGAUUAAAACAAAUUCAAGACGAGCAAAGAUCAGGGAAUCCGGCGGAGAGAGGUCUCGUACAAAUAAACGACAAUAAAAAAAGUUAAAUAAAUAAAUAUACAUAAAAAUUAUUUUUAUAAUGUAUAUUUUUUCA